AUGCACGACUCAGGAACACAACCUGCAUCUUCAAACACAACUUCACAACAACGACAAGAUGCCGAGCAAGGGAAGAAAGAAGAAACCAUCCAGUCUGAAAGGACUCACCAGAUUAUCCAAUUUAAUUCUGCUAGCAGUCACAACUAUAACAGUGGUGGUGGAGUUGAACAGUCUCUAGACAUUCACACCAACCGAUACUGUAGCGAUAACACCAAAGACAUUGAGGCCUCUCUUCACAUCGAAGAUACCAAGCCCUUUGAUCUGUUUGAGCUACACAGCCCAUUGGUUGAUGCUACCCAAGAGCUUGAAGAACGCAGUCACGUCGAAACAGACUCGCCCAAAGGCACAUCCAUCCGAAAACGCCUUCAAGCUCUGACCACAGCUUCGAGAUCAUCUACUGAGCCUGAUAGGCAAAGCUGGGAAUCGAUAUCGUCGUCCAAUAACGACACGCGAGCUUGGUCGGUCACAACACAGGACACAGGGUCAACAGGAAUCAGCACCGUCUCAACUUCAACAAUCACUCAGAACCCAAAGAGAAAGAAGAAGAAAAACAAAGGAUCCUCGAAGCGAAAGGACUCUGGUACUUUUGGUCUGAAGUUCCUCAGAUCGCCAGGAGAUUAUAUGCAAUUCGACUUGGAUUACUGCGAGGCUCAAAUCGCAAUGUCGAACAAGGAGCCAGAAUGCUACCCGGAGAUUGGAAAGGCAUCGGCCGAGGAAUUGCUCACCUACCUCCGCCGCAUGACUGGAACCCAAGUCCGUGCCAUUCCCGCAAGCGAUUUGGAAGCCCCUCGCAGACCAAACGAAUCCAGGGCCUGGGAUCAUAGAAACCUCUGGUGUGUCGACUGCCGCAAGUCUUGCCCUAUCUGUAACACGACCUGCUGUGUCAAAGAAGAACUGGCGCAGAAAGCGGCCAACGAAAGCUUGGAUCCAGAGAAGGUCCACCAAGCAAAGCGUCUUAGGAAGAUAAUCGAGCAUCUUGGGACCCACGCUAAAGAUGUCAGUACUUUUGCGCAGUGUACACCUCCCGAUGGGUGUGGACGAUACGUAUGCGCCAGCUGCUCCGGUGUUUGCCCAAGCGAGAUAUGUCGGGAUAUCCAAUGCAAGGAGUGCAAGCCGGAUCCCUGGGCUUCCUGCGAUUGGCACGAUUGA